ACGUCCCAUCGCGUGGACAGGUGCGGGGGAGUUUUUUGUUGUUUUUGGUUUUAUUUUUGUUCACGCAGUUCGCACCGGCUUGGCUCUCGUGGCGAUAAGACGCCGACGCGAUUCCCUCUGUGAGUGCGCUAUCUUUCGAGUGGCAUUUCCGUUUGCACUAACCACUAACCUAGAUCUACUGCCAUGUAUAAAAGGUGCUUCCGAACGUCUGGCCGCCAUUGUAUUACAGCUCUCCUCCCCACAAAUCAACCAUGCGUUCGUCGUCUACCGUGUUGCGCGUCUGUUUGGGCGUCGCCCUGAUCCAGCUGUUCGGCGGUGUCAUCGCCGGCCCCGUGCCCGACCCGGUACUGCACGUUACCGUCGAGACCGUGCCGGACCUGGAGGCGUUCCGGCGGGCCAACCCGGACCUCCAGGUCACCCCGCUCGUGCCGGUGCGCCAGUCGGAGGUGCUGGCGGGCGGCAGCACGCGCCAGCAGAUCGUGUACAGUGUGGGGGCGCAUUCGGCCAGCGAGCGGCUGGUCGGGCUGUCGUCCAACCAGCAGUCGUGGCCGACGCCCCAGGACGUCCGGCUCGAUCUGCAGUACCCGACGGCCGGUGUCGGCGCGGUCGUGUCGUACGUGGAGGUGGUCGUGCAGCAGAGCACCGCCCUGGGCCGCGGUUACGUCGUGUCCGGCGGUGUCGGCCAGCGCCAAAUACGGCUCGUGAUCGAAGCGUACAGUACGCUGUACUUCAGCUACACUGCAGCCAUCUACGGGUUCUAGCGGGCGGGCUAUGGCAGUUCGGAAGCAAUGAUGGAGGAUGUUAAGCGGUAGCAGCGAUUCGUGAACUUUGGUUUUGGAUUGUUUACAAACAGUGUAGUUGACACUUAAUAAAGCUAUAUUUAUUUGA